AAUACAAUCUCGGAUUCUUACUUCUCCCGUGUGGGCACUUCUAAACUUUUUCUCAGGGAUUUUUUUCUCUCACAACCUGGCAACCCGUAGAGAGCAGCAAGCAGCAGUUGCCAGAACAAGUUGCCAGAACAAGAGGAUGUGUCCUAUCCCUGGAGAGAAAAGAUAGAAGAGUCUGAGCUGAAUCUUAACGAGGACGUGGAUCUGUCGGAGGAGAUCUGAGGAGACGACCAGGAACAGGAGAGAAGAGGAGGAGAAGGAGGGAUAAAAGAGGAGGAGGAGAACAGAGCAUGGGCCAUUCCUGCUUGUGGAUUUUUCUGCUGUCCCUGUCUCUCUCCCACCAGGCAGUCACUGAACAGGCAGAAGCAUGUCGGACGGCGGAGCCUGCAGACCUAGUGUUCUUGGUGGAUGAGUCGUGGGGCGUGGGCCAGACCAGCUUCUCCAGGGUUAAAGACUUCAUCUCGGCCAUCAUCAAUUCCUUUCAGGACAGCGUGGUGGGGUCCGAGGGCAUCCGCUUUGGCGUCACCGUCUACGGAGAUAUACCCAGGAUGCGUAUCGCCCUGACAGACUACAGUAGUCUCGAGGAGGUCCUGAGGGCAGUAAAGGACCUCCCCUUUGAAGGCGGGGCCAGUCGAACGGGCGACGCCCUCCAGUUCCUGGUGGAUUAUGUCUUCAGUGCGGCUAUCACCAGGGACAAUACCCCCAAGAUUGCUGUCCUGAUCACAAACGGCCGUUCGGAUGACCAGGUGGAUGGGCCGGCCAAGGCUGUCACAGACAAUGGAAUCUCUAUCUAUGCAGUGGGGGUGAGAGGAGCCGACGAAUCAGAGCUGCGCAGGAUUGUGACUGAGCCCCACGAGGAACACCUGUUGUUAGCCGCUGACUUCUCUCUCUUGGAUGCUCUCCUGCCCAAACUGUCCCGAAGAAUCUGUUUCACCGCCUCUGAACCCCCACGCCCCGUCAAACACACCCCGGCUGUGGAGGAGCGUGUGGUGGGUCCCCGGGACCUUCAGGUGAGUGAGCUAGCCUACAGUAGUCUGAGGCUGACCUGGAGCCAGGCCACAGGGGACGUCACCGGCUACCGCCUCCUGGUCACCCCCCUCAGUCCCAAGGGACAGCUGCUGCCCAGCCUGCAGACACAGACUGAUCUGAAAGGUGAUGAGAGGACAUCUCUAGUGACAGAGCUGACUCCUAAGACAGAGUACUCUCUGACUGUCUACGCCAUCUACCCUGGCCUCAUUGGAGACUCUGCCACCAUCAUUACACAGACACCCCCUGUGCCUCCUGUCUCAAACUUCCGUGUGAUGGAGGAGGGCCUCUUCUCUCUGAGGUUGGCAUGGACACCACCUCUAGGGAAGCUCGAGGGAUACAAGAUAUUCAUCCCCAGAUCCGACCGGCCAGGACUGACCUAUGAGCAGGUGCUGCGCGGCGACACCUCCUCCCAUGUGAUUGACAGCUUGGAGGAGGAUAAGAAGUACACCGUCAGUAUCUUUGCUAUUUACCCCCAGGGCCCCAGCCAACCUGUCUCGAUCGUCGGCAAAACACUGAAACUGGUUCCAGUGCAGCAGCUCCUGGUCCAAAACGCCACCACAGACACCGUCCAGGCCCGCUGGGGCUCAGUGAAGGGGGCCACGGGGUAUCGCAUCACCUGGUCCUCCUCAGAGGGCCAUAGAGAGAACGUGAACCUGGGGGAGACCUUUAACUUCUACAUGAUCCAGGGCCUCCACCCAGGCACUGAGUACGCCAUCACCAUCAACCCCAUCUUUGUGGACAUCGAGGGCCCUGUCAUCUCUAUCCCAGCCAAGACACUGGAGAGCAGUGCAGUCCAGACUCUGAAGGCAUCGGCAGUGAGCACCAACAGUGCCAUGGUCUCCUGGAACUCUGUCCCUGGGGCCACCGGCUACAGACUAGCCUGGGGGCCCACUCCAGAGUUUGUGGGUCGGGACCGUCCUAGGCAGCUGGCUCUGAACGGCUCCACCACAGAGCACCUUCUGAAGAACGUGGUCCAUGACACAGAGUAUGUCCUGUCUCUUUACGUCCUGUUUGGAUCACUGGUGGGUCCCGGCGUCUCAGCUACCUUCCGCACCUCCCCUUUGGGAUAUGUGUCUAACUUCCACGUGACUUCCUACACCAGUUCCUCCAUCGACGUGGAGUGGAGUCCCGUCGUGGGGUCCACCGAGUACAAACUCACCUGGAACAUCGAUGGCAACACUCCCCAGUCCCAGUAUUUGGACCGCAGCGUUCUGUUCCACCGCAUUGAGGGCCUCAACCCAGAGACAGUCUACAUAGUUAGCAUCCACGCUGUCUACGGCAACACAGAGGGGCCAGAAAUCUCCCUCUCACAGCUCACAGCGUCGGUGACAGAGUCAGAGCUGAUCCAGGCGGUCAAGGAGGUGAAGGUGGUGGAUGUCGGAAUCAACUCCUUCAUACUGACCUGGAAGAGAACACCUGGGGUCACUGGCUACAAGAUCUCCUGGAGCCCCUUCCAUGGUGGCGAUGAGAAGUCCCAGCUAGUCUCUUCCUCCACGACCUCCUUCACGAUCCCUAAGUUACAGGAGAGCUCGGCCUAUAAGAUCCAGGUGGCAUCUAUGGUGGGGGGCCGAGAAGGGAGCCCGUUCCUGGUCACUGCACGCACCUUGGACCUGCCUAAAGUGAACGGCUUUGCAGCGCUGAACACCACAGACAGCAGUACUUCCCUCAACUGGAUCAGAGUUGCCGAGGCUUCUGGGUACCUGCUCUCCUGGAGGCACAUCUCAGAGUUGGACACCAAAAAGGAGAAGCUUGGCCCUUCUGCCACCAUGUUUAAGCUGAGUGAUCUGCUGUAUGGCAGGACCUACAUCUUCACCAUCAGACCUCUGUAUGGAGAGGUGGAGGGACCCAUCACCUCUAUCAACCACAGGAUAGUGGCCAAGGACCGUCCUCUGGUGCCUGUCCAGUCUUCACCUGUCACGCCUUCCCCUCUCCUCCCUCACACCCUCACCGCCUCCCACCCCAACGCAGCCAAAACCACCAAAGCCCACACCCGCUCCACUGUCACCAAAGCCCCCUCCAAAACCACCUCCGGCACCGCCAAGAAACCCCCAAGCACCACCGUUGUCAAAACAGCUGCAGCCACCACCAGCGUCGGCCAUCUUACCACCAAUACCAGAAACGUAUUGGUUUUGAAUACAGAGACAACUGUUGGACCAGGGCCAGUGUGUGGCAGGGUGAAGGCAGACAUAGUGUUCCUGGUGGAUGAGUCAUGGAGCAUCGGAUCCAAUAACUUUGCCAAGCUCAAGGACUUCCUGUUCCGGGUUGUCACCUAUUUCCCUGUGAUUGGUCCUCAGGGCACACAGAUAGCAGUUGUGCACUACAGUGAUGAACCAAGGAUAGAGUUCAAACUGAAUGAUUACAAGAACAGGAACUCUGUUCUAAAGGCUCUGAGAGGAGUACACUAUGGAGGAGGCAACACCAAAACAGGGAAGGGGAUGAGCUACGUUCUGAAGGAGCUGUUCCAGGAGUCUCUGGGGAUGAGGCAGGAGGUGCCUCAUGUCUUGGUGUUGCUGACAGAUGGCCGGGCCGUGGACGAUGUGGAGCAACCCUCCAGGAUCGCACAGGCUUAUGGUGUGAGUGUGCUGGCCAUCGGGGUGGCCAAUGCAGACAUGGACGAGCUGAAGAAGAUAGCAUAUCCAGCCAGCUACCAGAACAUCUUCUACGCCAGGGACUUUGAUGACUUCUCUUCCAUAGAGAGAGAGUUCAUCAGCAACAUCUGCAGCGAGGCGCUGCUCUCUGAGUUCAGACAACACGACGAGUCUGCCCAGCUGGACACUCCAACUGAUGACCCUGAUGAGCUGACCAAACCCCAGGGCCCCUGCUCCUUACAGUGCAAGGGGCAGAAAGGUGAAAAGGGAGAUGGCUCUGGUAAUGGUGGACUGAGACUCCAGCAAAACACUGCAAUGUUUGAGUCAAUUGGCCUCAAGUCCAAAGGAGAGAAAGGAGAGAGAGGACUUCCUGGAACAGAUGGUGUCCCCGGGUUGCCAGGACGACCAGGACGAACCGGACCCCCAGGUUCAGCCGGACAACGGGGUUUAGAAGGUGUUCCAGGUGAUCUGGGUCCUCCUGGUAUCACUGGUCCAAAAGGCCAGAGAGGAGAGAGGGGGGAGCCUGGGUAUGUUAUAGGGGGCAUAGGAGACGGCCAUUAUGCUCCUGGACGAAAGGGAGAGCCUGGAUCAUCAGGACCCCAAGGGGCUCCGGGUGUACCAGGGGUCUCUGGACCCUCAGGCCUGCCUGGACAGUCAGGUUCACCUGGGUCCUCAGGGAUAUCUGUUAAGGGGGAACAUGGGGAGGCAGGUGCUAAAGGUUUGCGUGGGAAAGCAGGGGCCAAAGGAGACAAAGGAGAUCAUGGUAAAGAUGGCCAAGCAGGGUUACCUGGUCCCAUUGGAAUUGAUGGUGUUCCAGGCUUCCCAGGUCAAAAGGGAUAUAAGGGAGAGGAGGGGAUCGGGGUUCCCGGUGUCCAGGGGCCUCGUGGAGAGCCAGGGGAGAAGGGAAAUAUAGGCCUAUCAGGACCUGAGGGACUAAAGGGAGAGGCUGGUGUUCAAGGGAUACAAGGGAUUGUCGGACCACGGGGGAAGAAGGGAGUGAAAGGCAUCCAAGGGGAUAAGGGCGAUCGAGGAGAGGUGGGGCCUAUGGGAACACAGGGAGUGACAGGGUUUGCGGGGGCUCUUGGCCAGAAGGGUGACGAGGGACAGAGAGGAGUUCCUGGUGACCCAGCCAAAGGGAUCCUUGGUCCCACAGGAAAGAAGGGUACCAGGGGUGACAUUGGUCCCAUCGGUCCGACUGGACCCCAGGGAGUAAAAGGGGUCCAAGGAGUCAAAGGAGAGAAGGGUAGUCCUGGGUUCGGCAUUCCUGGACAGCAGGGACCAAAGGGAGAAAACGGUGAAAGGGGAAAUGUUGGCUUGUCUGGGAAACCUGGACCCAAGGGGCACGAUGGCUCUAAAGGGGCAGGGGGAACUGUUGGGGUCCCCGGGAAUCCUGGAGCACCAGGACUAAGAGGUAAAGAUGGUGUGCCUGGAAUCAAAGGAGAAUCAGGACUACGGGGAGAGCAGGGACCAGCGGGUGAGCCUGGUGAGAGAGGAACAAGGGGCCCACUGGGGUUACCGGGACGACCAGGGGACCCAGCAGAGAAAGGAGAUACCGGGAACAUUGGUUUGCCUGGAACGGAGGGAAAGAAAGGAGAGCCUGGAAAACCAGGACCUCCGGGAGGCGCGCAAUUCAGUUCAGACAACAAUAUCCUGACUAGGGUGAUCAAGGGUGAACCAGGACAUCCCGGAGAGCCCGGUCUCAGAGGGGAGACAGGUCUGCCUGGACAAAGGGGUCCUGAUGGAAAACCAGGAUCUCCAGGAACGGGAGGGUCUGGGUCAGGGAGAGAUGGUCUGGAUGGGUUACCAGGAAAACCUGGAUCCAAGGGUGACCCAGGAAAGACAGGCGAGCCAGGAACGAGGGGAGAGAAAGGAGACCAAGGCAGGGUGGGGAUUGCUGGAAUGCCUGGAUUACCUGGGACCCCAGGUAGACCUGGCAUUGAUGGAAAGAGAGGUCUGGCUGGAAAAGAUGGAGAGCAAGGACAAAGAGGAGAUGAUGGCAAAAAGGGUGAUACAGGUGAAUCGGGAGCUGAGGGUAAAAAAGGGGAAUUGGGUGCUCCGGGCCCACCUGGUACCCAUGUUCUGGUCACUCAACAAGAGGGUGCCACCCUUGAAGAGAUGAGACAGGCAUUCCCUUUGCCAAUGGGACCUCCUGGGGCUAAAGGUCCACCAGGGAUGAAGGGUGACGCUGGUCUUCCAGGGAAAGCAGCUGACAUGAAGAACAUUGAAGUAAUGUUUGAAGACUAUGGCAUAAGGCUGCCCUUGCUGAAGGCACUGAUUGACAGGCUGCUGCAGGACGGCAUGGAGGAGCUUCUGCAGGAGCUAACCACCUCUAGAAGAGUCAAUGAGAAGGAGAAACACGGCUCCAACAUUAUCACUGACUACACAAGAACUGUAAAGUAUGAGAUCUCCAAGGAGCCUCUGACAGAGAUGGACACCAUAGAGGAGGCAGUUGACUCUGACCUAGACAGACAGCUACCAGAACCUAACUCUGAUGCUUUGAAUGAAACGGCGGAGGGCCCCACAUUCUGGAGCCUCACCCCUCUUAAUGGUCUUAAUGGGGUCCAAGACGUGGGGAGGAUAGAGAGCACCUCUAAGGGGAUAGAGGGGACACUGACAGUAGACGAGGACUUCAGUGAAGCUCCCUCCCCCAAGUUGGCUUUAUCAAACUCAACAUUUAACAAGACAACGUCUGAAGAGAGGGUCUCUGAGGUACCAGGGACAAUAGUAGAAACUGUUCUCCUCAGUGGGGAAGACUCCUUGAAGAAAAAGAAGAGUCGGGAACGGAAGGGCAAGGGACAGAAAGGACGACAUAAGAGGCAAAGACAACGCCUGACGAGUACAGAGGAGGAAGAGGAAGCGGAGGAGGAGGAAUUAUACGAUGGGGAUGAGUACAGUUAUGAAUAUGAGGAUUCCACAGAUGAUCCCUCACUGUCAAUUGAAAAGCAAGGGGAGUUUGAAAUCACAACAGAAAGCACACUACAUGGAAUGAGCAAAGAGAGUGGCCUGACAACUUUAGGUCCAUAUCCAUCCCAGUCACCGGGAGACAGUGAAAAGCAGGGGGAAUUCAUCACACCUGUCCUUCCUAGCACAACGGAAGAAACAGAGAAGGAUUCCACAGAUGAUCCCUCACUGUCAAUUGAAAAGCAAGGGGAGUUUGAAAUCACAACAGAAAGCACACUACAUGGAAUGAGCAAAGAGAGUGGCCUGACAACUUUAGGUCCAUAUCCAUCCCAGUCACCAGGAGACAGUGAAAAGCAGGGGGAAUUCAUCACACCUGUCCUUCCCAGCACAACGGAAGAAACAGAGAAGGACCUUUCCUCAAUCCAGAAAGAUUGAGACUGUAGAUUAGUAAACACGGAGUGUUGGUAUAAACUGUGAAGUGAAGUGUAUCGCUGGUGAGGAGCAGUCUACCCUUAACCUGACCAGCAUAACAUGAGGAGGGACUUCGCUUCGUCGCGCAAUGAUGAUGUAAUUUGUCCAAUGUCACUCGUCCAAUGCCACUUCUAUGACCAGAAUCGUGUGUUAUACUUAAUUCAAAUACCUAAAAGAUGAACAAUACAUAGGUAAAGCUAAGUUAAAUCAAGACAGUGUAUUAUAUAAGGAUUAUUGGACUAAUAAAUCCUUCCAUCAGAUGUCAGUGUUAUUUUAGCAUCGACUUUGCAUAAACUCAUUUAUUUAUUAAAGAAGUUGAAACCGUUACAUUGGACCUAAGCUGUAGUAUCUCUCUGUCGCUUCAGUAUUACAACAGUUUUAACCUCCUCGUAAUUUGUUCAACCGUAUUCUAAUGUUUUCAGUGUAUCGCUGCUUAUCAAUUCCUCAACCAAAUGUUAUUUAUUGAAAACAUGGAAAUAGAUUGUAUUUUGUUCCUUUUCUGUAUUACUUACUACUUUUUCAAUGAAAUGUGUUUCCAUCAUAUUCUUCAGAAUAUACAGUAUUCAAACCUGUUUACACUGGUGAAAUGUUGGCAGUCUAAAGUUUUCUCUUUGUAUUUAACCUCUCUGUGUGCAUGUAAGUAAAUGUUCAAAUGAU